GAUCUAUCUGUUUCCAAUCAUCAACUUCCCCUUAUACUCCCCUCCAUCCCUUUACUUACAUGUGCUCUCAAAAUUUGCAGACUCCAUUAAUGGCUUCUUCUCCUGUAACAUCAAAACAACUUAAAGAGCAUCUUAAAGACAAACAAGAGCCUUUCACUUUAAGCAUAUACCUUUCUGAGAGAGGGUAUUUGGUUAAAUGCUCGAGCUCUAACAGUCGAAAUGGUUGCUGCAGCAGUCAAAUGAAUUUGUUUAAGAACCUGUGGAAUAAGAAGAUGGUUCUGGUUCCAACAAGGGUGGUUAAGUCUAAGCUGCAUAAACUUGUUUCUGGUAAUAAUGGUAGCUUAGAACUUUCUUGUUGCAAUAAUGGCAAUGAAGAUGGGUUUCAGAGUACAGAUUCUUCAUCAAGAACUUGUAAUGUGGAACCAGAAAAGUGGGAAAGGAAAUGCAUUGAAGAUAAGCAACUUGACCUUAUGUCAAUGUUAAAUAAAUUGUCAUCCGAUAAAGUGCAUCACAUCAUAACAAGACAAGAAAGGCCAACGUGUAAGAACUCCAUUGAUCUGACCGAAAAUGUCAAAGCCAAUAACUUUGUGUUGGCAAAUUUUCCAUGGAAGUUGCUUGGAAGAUCACUAAUGGAGAGAUACACACUCAUUGGCUUCAAAGAAGCAAAGGGUUCGAUGAUAACCGGACCUUGCACCCUUCAAUGGCGAAGCAACCAGCAGUUUGGGCAUCAAAGGGAGCCUCUAAUGAACCUAUCGGCAAUAAAAUCCAUGAAAAAUAAUGAUGAAACCAGUGUCAGAACCAAACACAGCUAUGUUCAUUGGUUCAUUGGGCUGAAAAAUCUGGGGAACCUAAUGCACGCAUGCAGGAAAAGUAUAGGUUUUUUUUACACAUUUGAAGAAUGGGAUUAUUGUAAAUUGCAGAGGAAAAUUGGGUUUGACAUAGGAGAUACAAUCAUGGAUGAGAUUAUUGAGGAAGCAAUUGAUUUACUCUUACAGUGAAAAAUAGGUCAAAUUCUAUAGAAGAGUCCGUAUAUUAUGUGUUUUUAGCGGAUUAGUCCCUCUACUGUAAAGUUUAAUUUCCUUGUAUAUACCUGAAUACAAGUCAAAUCAUCAAUAGCUAUAUAUA